AUGUCUGGAAAGGGUAAAGGUGGGGCUGAUGGUGCUAGUGUUUCCAACAUUUCAUGCCACAUUGACUCAGAGUUUCGCUACAACCUCUUCACCGUUUUCUACAGCAUCAUCUUCAUCCUCGGCUUUGUUGCCAACUGCUACGUGCUCUGGAUUUUCAGCCACAUUUACCCCAUGAAGAAACUCAAUGAAAUCAAGAUAUUCAUGGUGAAUCUGACAGUAGCUGACCUGCUUUUCUUGGUUACGAUGCCAAUGUGGAUUGUUUACUAUCACCACCAUGGGGACUGGAUCAUGCCUGAGUUCCUCUGCAGCGUGGCUGGCUGUUUAUUUUUCGUUAACACCUACUCCUCUGUUGCCUUUCUGAUGGUCAUCACCUACAACCGGUACCAAGCUGUGACUAACCCCAUUAAAGCUGCUCAGUUAACUACCCAGAGAAGAGGUAUCUACUUAUCAGCAGCUAUCUGGAUCAUAAUAGUGGGCAGCUCUUUGUAUUACCUUUUUGACAACAAUACUAAUCAAGAGAAGAUCAAUGCGAAGAAUUUCACGCGGUGCUUUGAGCGCUACAACUCCUCUGACGGUGUUGCAGCUGUUCUUGCAAUUCAUGUCAUCAUUUGUGUCCUCUUCUAUAUCAUUUUCCUUUUCAUACUAGGCUGGAACAUCAUCAUUAUCAGGACUCUGUUCUCCAAAUCAGUGCAGCCAAGGAAGAAUGCUCAUGUGAAGCAAAGGGCACUCUGGAUGGUGUGCACAGUGCUGGCUGUGUUCAGCAUAAGCUUCGUUCCUCACCACAUCGUGGACCUGCCCUGGACCCUGACAGUUCUGGAGCAGUGGCAGAAGGAAAACUGUCAGUUGCGCCAACAACUCAAUGAUGCUCACCAGGUGACUUUGUGCCUCCUGAGUAUGAACUGUGUGUUGGAUCCAAUCAUCUACUGCUUCCUCACCAAGAAGUUUCAGAAGCAUCUUUCAGAAAACCUGAAGAGCAUGAAAGGGAGUCGCAAGUGCUCCAGGCAAACCACAGACACAGUGCUGGAGGGCACCAUUCACCAGGAGGAUGCCAUCAUGAGCUAG